UUAUCUGCUCUCUCUUGCGCAGAGGGAGGAGAUAGGCGAAAGGGUUUCUGAUUCUCGUCUCUCUGUUUCGUAAAACUUACAUCAUCAGAAGUAUAAUCCCUCGUCUCUUCAAGCAAUCGCGUUCGUUUGUAGUAUCACAUCUGCUCUUACGUCUUCUCGGGUUUGCAUAAAGUUUGUUCCUUUUAAUCAAAAACUGUCUUGGGUACGAAGCUGGUUGGUCUAAGGAUCGUAGUAGAUACAUAAAGUCUUAGUCUUUUACAGAUUCGUAAUUGAUUAGGUGAGUCUACGAUGAGCUCAAGCUUCACUGAUGAUGGCAAUGGCAAGCUUAUUCUCUGUGUGGCUGAGAAUGGCCACUCUUUUGAGUUUGAAUGCAGCGAGAAGACGACUUCAGUUGAGUCUGUGAUGCGUUUCGUUGAGUCUGUCUCUGGCAUUGCCUUCUCUGACCAGCUUCUUCUCUCGCUGGACAUGAGACUUGAGCCGCAGAAGCUGCUCUCUGCUUUCGGACUUCCAUCUAGUGACAGAGAAGUGUUUGUUUUCAACAAGUCUAUGCUGCAAAGCAACUCUCAUCCGCCAUCACCGGAAGAUGUGGUAGAUUCACAGGGAGUUGAUGAUGAUCAUGCUUUACCACCUGCUUCAUUGCAUGAUCAUCAUCCCUUGGAUGAUGCGUUAGACCCGGCUUUAAAGGCUUUACCUUUGUAUGAGAGGCAGUUUCGUUACCAUUUCCAUAGAGGCCGCACCUUCUACAACUGUACUAUUGUGAAGCAUGAGAACUGCGUGAGGUUAACGAGAGAGCAGAAGGUGCAGCAGCGGGCUGUUGAAGUUGCUACGAGGAAUCUGGAACAGUAUUACAGGGUGAUCUAUCACAACUUUCUUGAGUUCAUGAAGCGUUAUAAGCAUCAACACCGCCUCCACUCUGAUUUGCUGAUGAAUUUUGAAAGGGAUAUCGAGAGGUUGAGGUCGGCUAAGGUUCACCCUUGUCUGCUAACUGAUUCGAGGAGAUGCUUGCUGGACUUUGUCAAGGAGGAUAACCUCAAGAAGGCUGUGGAGAAUUGUGCAAGCUCUCACAGGCAGUUUGAGAAUAAGAUUGCUCAGUUCCAGCAGAUGUUUGUGGAGGUCAAGCGCAAGGUAGAGGAGUUGUUUGCUUGCAGGGCUUCUUUAUCGGUGAAGAACUUAGAAGCGACUGUUAAGGAUCACGAACGCUUCAUCGACGAGCAAAAGAGCAUAUUGCAAUCUCUCAGCAAAGAUGUCAAUACGGUUAAGAAGCUUGUGGAUGAUUGCAUGUCUAGCCAGAUGUCCUCGUCUCUCCGACCUCAUGAUGCUGUUUCAGCCCUGGGUCCUAUGUACGAAGUGCAUGAUAAGAACCACCUUCCCAAGAUGCAGGCUUGUUAUAACUCUAUCUCUGAAUUGCUGGGUUUCUGCAAGAACAAGAAGAACGAGAUGAACAGCUUUGUACACAGCUACAUGCAAAAGAUAACGUAUGUCACAUAUAUCAUCAAAGAUGCUAAGUUACAGUUUCCUGUUUUUAGAGAGGCAAUGGUGCGUCAGGAUGACUUAUUUGCAGACCUGAAGUUACUCCGUGGUGUUGGCCCUGCAUAUAGAGCCUGCCUGGCAGAGGCGGUGAGAAGAAAAGCCUCUAUGAAGCUGUACAUGGGAAUGGCUGGGCAGUUGAUAGAGAAGCUUGCUAUGAAGAGGGAAACAGAGGUCAGGAGACGUGAGGAGUUUCUAAAGACGCAUGGUCCCUUUGUACCUCGUGACGUGUUGGCCUCAAUGGGUUUAUAUGAUACGCCCACUCAGUGUGAUGUCAAUGUAGCUCCUUAUGAUACAAGUUUGAUCAAUAUUGAAAUGGCUGACGUUGAUCGAUAUGCUCCUGAGUAUCUAGUUGGGUUACAUUCAAAGUUUGCAUCCUCAAGGAGUUCAGUGGGCAUGUCUAGUGAUAGUGAGACUGAGGAGAUAGGUUUAGACAGUUUUGAUGAUUACCUAGCGGCCUCUGAAUUAGUGGAGAUAGCUGGAACCAGCAAGAUGGAAGUUGAGAAUGCAAAACUGAAAGCUGACCUCGCUUCUGCAAUCUCUAGGAUUUGUUCAUUAAGCCCACAAGUUGAAUAUGAGGUGCUGGAUGAAAGUGAAGCAGAAAAGAUGUUGAAAAUUGCCGCAGAGAAGACAGCAGAGGCGCUGCAGGCCAAAGAUGAGUAUGAGAAACAUCUCUUAUCUAUGCUCAAGGAAAAACAAAGACGUUGUGAUUCAUAUGAGAAGCGAAUCCGUGAACUGGAACAACGUCUCAACGAUGAUUAUCUACUGGGACAGAGAAAUAUUAAUAAUAAUACGGAUGCGUCUGGCUUGAAAGUUACUGAGUACAAAGCAGAAGCUUCAGGUGACGUGGAAGGCAACAAAGCUCAUGUAUCUGGCUCGGAGCACAUGGAUGAGGAAGGCUCAUGUGUUUCAAAUCUUUCUAGCAAGCAGCCAUGUAAGGCUCGGGAACGUAUGGAUGAGAAUAUGGUGGAUUCCUCUCUGGUGCUCAGUCAACCGCUUGAUUCAUCAAUGCUGGAAAGCCAGCAAAAUAAUGAGAAAGGUGGAAAGGAUAAUGUGAUGGGGGAGAUGGGUGUGUUUCUAAGUAACAGCUCGACAGCCGAGAGCUCACCAAAAUCUUUGAAUAAUAAUGUGGCGACUGGCGUAGGUUUAGAUACCAAACAGAGUGAUGAUAUUGUCUUGGAACUUAGAAAUGAGCUGAUGGAGAAGUCCAAUAAACUGAGUGAGACAGAGUCCAAGCUAAAUGGAGCUAUGGAAGAGGUAGCCAGUCUGAGCAGAGAGUUGGGAAUGAAUCAGAAGCUUCUCGAAGAAUCCCAGAUGAACUGUGCGCAUUUGGAGAACUGCUUACAUGAAGCAAGAGAAGAAGCCCAGACCCAUCUCUGCGCUGCUGAUCGUCGAGCUUCUGAGUACAAUACACUUCGCGCAUCAUCUGUGAAGAUGCGAGGCCUCUUUGAAAGACUCCGAAGCUCCGUCUGUGCUGGUGGUGGGGUUGCUGGUUUUGCCGAAUCCUUGCGUACUUUGGCUCAAGCUUUAGCCAAGUCCAUUAAUGACAAUGAAGAUGUGGGUACUGUUGAGUUUCGGAAAUGCAUCCGAGUCCUGGCGGACAAAGUUAGUAUCCUCUCCAAACACUGGGAGGAAUCUUUUGAAAAGUGCCGGAAUCUUGAAGCUACAAGUGACCAGGCAAGGAAGGACUUGGGGGAAAAGGAAGAGCUGGUGAAAACAUUGUACACUAAGCAUCAACUUGGGAAGCAGGCUAAUAGAGAAAAGAUAUCAUUCGGUCGUCUUGAAGUCCAUGAGAUAGCAGCAUUUGUGCUGAAUCCAGCAGGGCAUUACGAGGCGAUCAACAGGAACUGCCCAACCUACUACUUGUCCUCUGAAUCCGAGGCACUGUUCACAGAUCACCUCCCAAACCGGCCUACAUACAUCGUUGGACAGAUUGUCCACAUCGAGCGCCAAGCAGUGAAGCAGCAAUCACCGCUUUCAGCUUCUGCAUCUCCAGAGGCGGGUAAGUCGGACUAUCUCGGCUCAAGAACUCUGGCAUCAAGCUCAAGGUCAACAUCAUCUUCAGGAACGACACCAACAAACCCUUAUGGUCUCUCUUCAGGAUGUGAAUACUUCAUUGUGACAAUAGCAUUGCUUCCUGACACUGCCAUUCAUCUACAAGCUUCCUGAUCCUUUUGCUUGUUCUCAAGGCAGAUUGAUGUGAUGGAAGAAACCCCUCCCUAAAAAGGAAUUAAAAAAUGUAAAUACUUAUUAUUCAAAUAGCACAACCAUCUAGUUUGGGUGUUGGGUUUCAUUUGUCUCUUCAAAUAUUGAUUUUAUUUCAUCUCUUUCGUCGUUCUGUACAGCUGAUGAGCACUGAUCUUAGUUUAAUAAUUUUAUCCUUGUACAUAUUCUGCUUUGCUUUAUCGAU